AGACAUGAAAUGGUGGCAAAUAGGCAUUAACCAACAUCCCAUCCCCUCUCCUCCGACCUUUGUAGAAUUAUAGUAGCCUCUUCUCCUUGUCAAAUGACAACCCCAAGAGUCGAUCAUAUUUUAUGCUUAACAUAAUAACAACACAUGAACACAACAACAUCUCAUUUCCUACCUUUAAGUAUGAAAACAACCCACCUCCCCAAACCAAAAACCCCUCAAAACACACAAAAAUAAAGAACUGUGCGUCUCAUGGGCCAGUCACCGUCGACGCACACCCACACACACACUCAUUGGCCUGAACCCAAGUCACCUAUCCCUUCAAUGAACACGCACAUCUUCCAUGACUUCACCUACGAUUUACCCGACGAAUGUUUAUCCAUCAUUUUCCAAUCUCUCCAACCAUCUGACCGUAACUCAUGUUCUCUCGUCUGUCGUCGAUGGCUUACCGUCGAAGGACAAUCUCGUCACCGUCUUACACUCAACGCUCAAUCCCAUCUCUUUUUUUCCAUUUCUUCUCUCUUUAAUCGCUUUGAUUCUGUCACAAAACUAUCCCUUAAAUGCGACCGUCGAUCUCCAAGCAUAGGGGAUGAUUCCCUCUUCUUGAUUUCACAACGAUGUGUUAAUCUUACGCGUCUAAAGUUGCGUUCUUGCAAGGAAAUUACAGACGAUGGUAUAGAAGCUUUCUCUAGAAGUUGUUCUUCAAGUUUCAAGAAACUUUCUGUUGGGUCUUGUAGUUUUGGGCCUAAAGGGUUGAAUUCUGUUCUUGAGAAUUGUUGGGCUUUGGAGGAGUUGUCUGUAAAGAGGCUUAGAGGGAUUACUACUGAUGGGCUUCUUAACCCUAUUGGGCCUGGUAGGGCUAAUGGGUUGAAGGUGGUUUGUCUGAAGGAGCUUUAUAAUGGGCAGUGUUUUGGGCCUUUGAUUGUUGGGUCAAGAAGUUUGCGGGCCUUGAAGCUUUUCAGGUGUUCAGGUGACUGGGAUAGGAUUUUGCGGCAGGUAUGUAGCUCUUCUGAGUUGGUGGAGAUUCAUCUUGAAAGAGUUCAGGUAAGUGAUGUUGGGUUAUCUGCAAUUUCCAAGUGUUGUUUGAAACUUGAGGUUUUGCAUUUGGUUAAAACUCCUGAAUGUUCGAAUUUCGGGCUUGUGGGUGUUGCUGAGAAUUGUAAGUUGCUUAGGAAGCUUCAUAUUGAUGGGUGGAAGGCUAAUAAGAUUGGGGAUGAUGGAUUGAUUGCGGUUGCUAAGAAUUGUCCAAAUUUGCUUGAGUUGGUUUUGAUUGGGAUUAAUCCCACGAAUUCGAGUUUGGAAAUGCUGGCUAAUAAUUGUAAGAAUUUGGAGAGGUUAGCUUUGUGUGGGAGUGAAACUGUUGGAGAUGCUGAGCUUUCUUGCAUUGCAUCCAAGUGCAUUGCUUUGAAGAAGCUUUGUAUCAAGAAUUGCCCUGUGUCUGAUCAUGGAAUGGAGGCGCUUGCAUGUGGGUGUCCUAGUUUGGUUAAAGUUAAGGUUAAGAAAUGCAGGGCAGUGACUUGUGAAGGUGCAGAUUGGUUGAGAGCUAGUAGGGUUGCCUUGGCUGUCAACUUGGAUUGUGGCAAAGAACCUCAAGAUCCUAGUGUUGAUGAUGGUGUUGCGGAUACUGGUGAGACGCAUACUGAUGGUCAUGUUGGUGGCCAAACUUGGCGAUCAGUGUCUUCCAGAGCAAGGUUUAGUUUAUUUACUGGCAGGAAUUUUGUGUCUUCCUCCUUAAGGAGGUGGUCAAGCAGUAAUUCCCGUAAUUACCAGACAUGAACUGUCCAAAAAACAGGCAAAAGAAAAGCGGGUUGUUCUUUUUUGUCCUUUGUUUUUUAGUCGUAAUUUAAUCGUGUGCUUCUAGCUCUUAGCUAAUAUUAUGAUGUUCAUUGUUUCACUUAUUGGAUUUUGGCUUUUGGAA